AAGGGCAGGCUGCAGGAGCAGGGAUUGGUGCUGCUACUGGCUCUUUCCCUGCAGUCCUGCGGAGGAAACUGGUGCUUCCUUCUUCUCUUCCAGCGGAGAGUUUUGGAUGUGGUAAUGCCAGCCAGACUUCUCAGAGCCCUGGCCGGAUCUCACCGUAUAUUGUCAAAAGCCCAUCAGUGCCAAAGACUUGUUCAUCUAACGUUAGAACCACUUAAGGAAUUUGAAAAUGCGACAUGCAGCACGCUGACAAUGCAUCAAAACUUGGAUUUGUUCUUUCCCGAUAUUUCAGCUGGUGGUUUGAGUAAGUCUCAGAUCCUGGAAACGAACCAGAAAAUAUCAAAUACAGGCACACUCUCUCCAUUAAAUGCUACACAUUGCCAGGAUGAAAAAGCGCACUCUCCAACCAUGAAAUCAUUUGGUACUCACAGGAAAGUGACCCGCAAACCAAAUCUAUUGGGUCCUAAAUGGUUUAUGAAAAUAUUAAAGAGGCAUCAUUCGUCUAUAUCAACUGAAACAUUUGUUCCGAAACAAGACCUUCCGCCGAUCAAGAGAUCACUAAAAGCAUCCAGGACCAGGCAACCGUCCAGGACCAACCUUCCAGUUCUGUCUGUGAACGAGGACCUGAUGCACUGCACAGCAUUUGCAACUGCAGAUGAAUAUCAUCUGGGAAAUCUGUCUCAAGAGCUGACCUCCCACGGAUUUGUUGAAAUAACAAGCUUGCCUAGAGAUGCAGCAAACAUUUUGGUGAUGGGUGUGGAAAAUUCUGCAAAAGAAGGUGAUCCUGGAACAAUAUUCUUCUUUAGGGAAGGAGCUGCUGUGUUUUGGAAUGUGAAAGACAAAACUAUGAAGCAUGUGAUGCAAGUUCUAGAAAGACAUGAGAUUCAGCCCUAUGAAAUUGCAUUGGUACACUGGGAAAAUGAAGAACUUAACUACAUAAAAACAGAGUAAGCAUCUUUUUAUCGAAUUUAUGGAAAGGGUACUUGGAAUAAACUAGGUAAAGCAGUAGAGGAGAAAUGUUCCAUUGUUAACUUUCUUUUUUCCCCAGUGAAACUGGCUAUUUGGGAAGCAUCACUGGAUAAAUUUAUUGAAUCUAUUCAGUCAAUUCCAGAGGCUUUAAAAGCUGGGAAGAAAGUGAAACUAUCUCAUGAAGAAGUCAUGCAGAAAAUGGGUGAACUCUUUGCCCUAAGGCACCGUAUAAACUUGAGUUCCGACUUCUUGAUUACUCCUGAUUUCUACUGGGACAGAGAAAACCUGGAAGAACUUUAUGAUAAAACUUGCCAGUUCCUUAGCAUUACCCGACGAGUUAAGGUCAUGAAUGAAAAACUUCAGCACUGUAUGGAACUAACGGAUCUGAUGCGGAAUCAUCUGAAUGAGAAGAGGGCGCUCCGCUUGGAGUGGAUGAUUGUCAUCCUCAUCACUAUAGAGGUAAUGUUUGAGCUGGGACGAGUAUUUUUCUGACCAAGUGAUAACCGAAGUGUCAUCACAAGAGAUGUUCAAGUUCUGCAAUCAAAAAUAAAUGUUCACUAUUGGGUGACCUCUUAUUUAAUAGGUAUUUAAUUUUUUUUAA